UGCCAAAGCUGUUCUAUUGUAACACUGAUAUGGACGAAUCAUCGGCUUGAUAUCGUCACGUACUUCGAUUAUAGCGAGCUCCAGGUUUCGAAUGGCCUAUCGUCUACCGAAAAAAACAACUGCAGAAAAUUUUGGCCAUGCCUGUACUCAACGUUCGCGAUAAGGAUUGCAUAACCCCUCGGUGCCAUAAGGGGCUGAAAUAUACGAUGUAUAAAACGAACUAUUUCAGUCUCACCGUAGCUGUCAAAUUGUUGAAGGUGAACGCUCGGUUGAAGGACAAAUUAGAGCAUCAACAGAGAUUACGAUACCUCAAAUAUGAGCAAAUGCUACAAAGAGAGAGACAAAUGGUACAGCAAGCCCGUGCACGAGUCGCACGACGUGCCGAUCGUCGCGCACGAGCCCGAGGACGAGGGGGAAGAGGGGCCGCCGGCCGAGGACGGAGACGCGGCCGAGGAAGGGCCAGAGGAGGGGCGGUAGCCGGUGAAAGAGAUCCCGAAGAAGCCAUAGGUGUUAACGAGGAACCUGGAGUUGAUGAAGCCCCACCUCCGCCCAGAGGAGCUGGUAGGGGAUGGGGACGUGAUCGAGAACGCGCGGGAGGACGAGGAGCGGCUGACAGGGAAAAUGUCCAAGAGGCCGGACUCGUCAACGGAGACCCUAUGGCGGCCUUAAAUGAACAAGCAGUGGUUCGCCGACCGCAAGCACCAGUCGUCGGGCAGGGAGCGCCAUUGUUGGAUGAAAACGUUCAAGACCUUCUUGCUCCAUUGAUAUGGGAAGAGGAAAGACUGCUCCAGCCACCACCACCGCUCAAAGACGACCUCAUAUCCCAGCUGCAAGCUCUUAGCCAUGAAAAUCUGGCACGCUUCAUAGGGAUAUUUGCCGUAUAUACAAAGGGCAAACAGUAUGCCAACUGUCCAUGUUUCGAGUACGGAGAGGGUAGGGGACUUGAGAAAGCCCUCGGCUCUCAUGAAUUGAUCCAGGCGAAACGGAACUACAGUAUUAUUUUCCAGAUCGCGUCCGGCCUUGAAUAUCUCCAUAGUAACGGCCUCGCCCACGGAUAUUUAACGCCUUCUAAUGUCAUCUUCAGAGAUAAAGAACGAACCCGUGUAAUGAUUACCGAUUUCUGCCUGCCUGAAAAGUAUCAUAUUCGGUUUUCUUCGCCCUAUUUAAAUCGGACCGUGGAGGAACCCUACUCAUCUGUAUGCGAUAUAUACAGUCUCGCGGCAGUCGCUGCUAGUAUUAUCCAAAAUGAGACUUUUUUAGUUAUUCCGAAUCGAGGGCGCCUCCUAAUGCAACAGGCUUUUGCAGACCUGCGUCAGGUGUAUCGUCAACGCUACGACGUUAUAAUGAGCGGUUUGUUUGAAACCGAUCAACUUCGACCCAGCGCAACAGAAUUUAAAGAUGCGUUCGCUCACUGACUGGCUUUUAAAAUCCGACAGGAUCGCCAACUAAUAUCAACUUAGUAUCGCCUACCAGUAUUGAGCUGGAAUCGACAAUAAAAGGAAAGUCAGGUCUCGACGAUUUCAAAUGCUCAUAAAUCUCGUACACGCAUAAUGGAUACGCAUAUAACAUCGGCUUGAUAUCAUACCCCUAGGGUGAGCUAAUUUUCGGUAUGUAAAGGCGGCCAACGUUCGUACAAUGUACAUGUGUUAUUGUGCAGUGGUCACAGGCAAAGUAGUUUCACUGGGUAAAAUGCCACUUCAUUUCAAAAAGUGUUUUUGUGUGAAAGGAGAAAGGGGGGCUUCUUUAAAUUAGUUUGUCUACAUACUAAUUGUCGGAAAUCGUUCAGUUUGAUAUAUGCAGUAAGACCGUUUGGAGCUUGUAAUGGCUCUUGCUGCUUUUUCGUUCUGUAUUUUUGCUGAACAGAUAAUCCAUGGAGUAAAGGAUAGAAAUCGUUUAUUACGUAAUCACGUUUGGUCUUAGAAGAGUUGUGUAUGUCUAACCGUACUUAUACUGAGUAAGUGACUAAUAAUGUAGAUUAUUA